GACAGGAUGGAGCUCAGUCCACUCUCUGUGAUGCUCUUGCUGAUUUCACUUUUACCAGUUACCCAGGCUCAAGGGAGUCCUAAAGCUGUGGUGUCCAUAACACCUGAUACACAUGUGUUCAUUGGAGAGAUUGUUACCAUCAGAUGUGGCAUACAGGGAGGAGGAGACACUCAGUGGACUUACAGCUGGAAGAAAAUGCAUUACGGACUCUCCAUAGAUGGAAGCAAGAGAGUCUACAGAGACAGCACAAGGCAGGAGUACAGAAUCUUGUAUGUUGAAGACUCUGACAGUGGUACCUACACCUGCAGUGGAAAUGGGAGUGACUCUCAGAGCUCAGAGAUCAGUGAUGCUAUUACACUGACUGUAUCAGGAAAACCCAAACCGACUGUGAGAGUGAAUCCUCAGAGCUCCGUCUACACUGGAGACACCGUCACUCUGAGCUGUGAGCUGCAGCAGGAGACUGGAUGGGGGUUUCACUGGUACAAAAAUAAUCAGCUGUUACAGAAUCUGAACAGUGAACAAGAGAACACACUUAAAGUGACAGUCGAUAAUGCAGGAGAAACAGAGUACCUGUGUGAAGCACACAGGAGAAACUACUACUACUAUAAUGGUAACUACUACAACUAUGCCUACUACACAGAGCUCAGUGAUCCUGUCAAGAUUACAGUGAGAGGUCCAUCAGGUGUAGAAGCUCCAUUCUCAGUGCUCAUGCUGAUCUGUAGUGUGGUGACGGUCUCUCCGUAUCUGCUGGUGACCAUCAUUCUGCUGCUCAUCUGUUACAGAGCUCGAACUCACACUGAUGAAGACAGAAUUGAGAAUGCAGUCAUAGAGGAGUGAACAAAGUUCGUCUAUAAAAAGAGGAUAUAUUUACUGAAAAUAUUAUUUUAUAAUUCUUUUUUUUAAUUUUUUUAUGGUUUUGUGUGGAUUUUAAAAUAAUAUUGAUUUCAUUUCAUUUUAAUGUCCUGUUCAGCAUCUUGUAGACACCCUCACUGUUCUGAAUGGUUUUGUUUAGUUAAAGCCUGUAAACCUCCUCAUGAGGUGAAAUGUGUGUAAUGUCCAAUAAAGCUUACAUCCUGUUAAUGCAGAACAUUAUUAAAAAUGUAAAAAUGAAGAAAUAUAUUUUUUAAAGAAUGGUCUAAUGGUUCAAACAGGAUAAGAUGCAAGAUGAAACUAGCAUUAUUGAGAGGAAGUAAAGACUAGUAUGUUUGUUUAGUGCUAGGACAUGCACCAAGGAAGUUAAGCUUAGUUUGUAUGCAAUAUAAAAACAAGUUUAUUGACUGUUAUACUGUUUAUGGUCAUGUAUGUGAGAAAUAAAAUUUGAAUUUGAGAAGAAAAAAGAAAACAUGAUCUGUAA